AUUUUUCAUUAUUAUAAUAUCGAAUUUAAAUGAUUAUACAAAAUACAUAUAUUAUUUUUAAAUAAUGAGCUUUUAAUCAAGAGACAUUCGAUCUCCAUUGUGGAUUUUACACCGCGUUUGUUUUAGUGAGUAAUCCUCCCUAAUGGAGGAACGUUCAUUAGCAAUUUCGCACCGUUUAACCUCGCAUGAUAAGUAGUUUGUAAGUGUUUUGUAUGGUAUAGAUCACCCUAAUGGUGGCGACCAUACUUGACUUGCAAGUUAUGAAACAAUGGUGGAAGCUCAUAAGAUAGAAUUGCCUUGACUCUCGCCUAAACGGGACAACGCUGAAUUCCAAUCUUGAUCGAAUAAAAGGUUGCUAGAAUGGUUAUCAUUUUAGAUGAGCUGACAACUCUAUUCAAUGGAUGAUGCUUUGACUCUCGCCUAAACGGGACACUGUAUCAGUUCGUUGAAAUACCUUGGAAAAUAAACUAUGUUAGAUUUAGUAUUUCUAUAACAUAUGUCAUUACUUGUUAUUUUCUAAAUUGUGUAUGAAUUUAUGAGCCAAAACCUUACUUCUGUUUUAUUGAUGUGUUGUAGUGUCAUUAUGAAUAACCCACCCCCCGAUCCUCUCUUAGUUACUAUCUUAGCAAAAGAACUCUAUAGUGUGAAAAUGCAUCCUGGUAGUUGCAUUAACUCGCACCUGUUGAUGAUGAAUCUGAAGUUCCAAAAGGCAAAUCUACUAGAAAUUGAUUUAUCAAGAGAACAAUGGGUCCAACUUAUCCUUAAUAGUCUUCCUCUGGAGUAUAAUGAAUUUGUUAUCUCUUAUAUGAUCAACAAUUCUAACUCCUCCGACAUGGACAAGCUCGAAACAGAAUUACGAGCCCAUGAACGGAACUUGAUUGCAAUGGGUCCCCCUGGGUUUGCAAUCAAUAAUCGAAGGAAAAGGACUAGGUAUGAAGGAUCUAGCAAAACUGCUUCUUCAAGUACAAUUAUCAGACAUAAUCUUCUAUGUUCGAAUUGUAAUGGAAAGGGUCAUCAUGAAGAACGAUGUCCCAGGCUUCUAAACAAUUCAAACGAAGUUGCUUGAAACUUGGGAAAAUCUGCUUCCAGGAGAGUUACAGCUUAAAGUUGGCAAUGGCGAAUUAGUAUCGGUCAAAGCUAGAGGAAAAGCCCGCAUCAAGUUUCA